CCUGGAAAUUUAAACGUUGAAGUCAGAUUUUUCCCCCUCCCCAGCCCUAGCCCCUAGGGUCACCCUUUUACAAGAUUUCUAUCAUCUGUUAAACAGAAGCAGAUCCAAACCCCCCUGGAAAAAAAACAUUAAAAAUUGAAAAUGAAUCAAAAGCAAGACCCUCAUGAAGAUCAAACCAAGAAACCUGCACCAUCAUCGUCAGAUUUAGAAUCUGAAAAGCACGUCGAGGUCGAGGUCAAGGACAAGAUCAGCGAUCCUCACAACUCUGAUUACGCUGCCUACCCAAAGCUAGACCCUCAAGACGUCGCUCCUCCUCUUGACAAUUGGGCCAGCGUAUCCAUGGGAUCGACAACACUUUCUAAACCUGCAGGCCCAACCCAAGGCUCACCUACCAUCGCCGGAACUACUGUCACUACCAUGCCGGCUGAUUCCAAUCCCUACGUGUCUCCUGCCCCUGUUGCCCCUUCUUCCUCCAAGAAUAAAAUGGAGGCGGUGAAGGAUGUACUAGGGAAAUGGGGAAAGAAGGCGGCAGAGGCAACGAAGAAGGCUGAGGAUCUUGCUGGCAACAUGUGGCAACACUUGAAGACAGGCCCUAGUUUUGCUGAUGCUGCUGUUGGAAGAAUUGCUCAGGGAACCAAAGUUCUCGCUGAAGGUGGUUAUGAGAAGAUUUUUCGACAAACUUUUGAGACUGUUCCCGAGGAGCAACUUGUGAAGACAUUUGCAUGCUACCUGUCCACUUCUGCUGGUCCAGUUAUGGGAGUAUUGUAUUUGUCAACGGCAAAACUUGCAUUCUGCAGUGACAAUCCUCUGUCUUACAAAAUUGGUGAGCAAACUGAGUGGAGCUAUUAUAAGGUUGUUAUUCCAUUACAUCAGCUGAAGGCUGUCAAUCCAUCAACAAGCAAAGUCAAAUCAGCUGAAAAGUAUAUCCAGAUUAUUUCUGUUGACAACCACGAAUUUUGGUUCAUGGGUUUUGUGUACUAUGAUAAUGCUGUUAAAAGUCUUCAAGAAGCGUUGCAGCACCACACUCCAUGAUGCGUGCUGAGCAUCGCAGAACAACACCCAGGUCUGGAAUUCCCAUCAUGUCCCAAGAAGCACGUUAUGCUCUGCAUGUUGGUGUAGAUAAAAUUAUGGUGCUUCAGAAUCUGGAAUACAAUGGGAAACAUGCAUGCAUGUUUGCAUUUAUUUGUCAUCGUAACAGGGAUUGUUAUUUUUAGUUGUGAUAUGCUGCCUGUCAGAUAAAUAGUUUAAUCUAUGAGAGAUGAGGACUGUAAUUUCAUACAUUUUUUUUUUCAUAUAAUUAAUCGACUGUUUGUCUUAAGAUAA